UGACGAGUCGGAGUUUCCCGAGAAAACCUCAACACAUCAGGGAGCAGCCGGUCCGGACUGCAGACGGCAUUUAAGGAAGAGACAAGUGGGGUUGACACACAUACACCUUCAUCUCUUACUCACAGCCGUUACCUUACCUGCACUUGAACUCAACACACAACACCGAGACCUCGGCGCGAGCCCACAGAAAUGUCUCAUUCUAAACCACUGCUCAUCCCUUGGCUGCGGACCCAGAUUGACAGCAAAAGGUAUCCUGGUGUCCAGUGGACAAACCUGGAGCAAACCGAGUUCUCCAUCCCGUGGAAACAUGCUUUAAGACAGGACUCCUCUGACAUGGACAUCCUCAUCUUUAAGGCCUGGGCAGAGGGGAGUGGCAAUGGGCGGGUUCAUGGGGACCCCUCGGUGUGGAAGAGGAACUUCCGCAGCGCCCUCCGAGCCAAAGGCUUCAAACUGGUCAGCGACAACAAGAACGACCCUGCUAACCCCCAUAAAGUGUUUUGCUGGCCGGAUGAGCCAACGUCAGGAGCUAACUCCUCUGCUGGAUCCCAGGACCAAGAUGACCCUGAUUUGUUUGAGGAUUAUGGCUUUCCUAUACAAGAAAGCCAGGUCGUCCCAUGCUUUGAUGUCUAUCUUCAAGCCGCAGACUCCCCUGCCGGCCAGGAUAUUCUCCAGGAGUGUUUAAAGGGACUGAACAUUGGCCCUGAACCGGAGGGCACCGCAGGCUUUGAGCCUCCUCCUGAGCAACAACAGCUCCAAAACCCGGUUGUGAUUGGUGGACAUGCGUUGCCUGGGCAACAGCAGUAUCCAGUAAUGUCUGAGGGUGCAGUCGGUGAAGCUGGGUUGCCUGAGCAACCGGCACAUCCAAUGGAAGGAGCCGUGGGAGGGGCCUGUGAUGGGCAGUUGGUGGAGCAGUUUCUUCAUACUAUUACCAAGACCAGUGAUAGAGAUAAUUUCAAGACUCAAUUCAGGAUAACAGUGUACUACAGAGGGGUGAAGGUGUCCGAGCAGCUGGUUCAGAAUGAAGAUGGAAUUCGCCUCGUCUACAGGCCUGACCUCAUUGGGCCGGUUGUGGAUCACGAGUCAGGCCUCACCCUGGUCUCUCUGCCAAGUCCGGGAGCCAUGCUGGAUCAAACCCAAGCCAAUCUGACCCAACGCAUCCUGGACAAGCUGGAUGGUUUAGACGUGGGGGUGUCGGGCCACGUGGUCUACGGACUGCGACGAGGGGGGGAAACCAAAGCAUUCUGGAGCUUCUCCAAGUUUGACAGGAACAAGCAGCCCCAAGAGAUUUCUAAACUGCAGCCUCAGCCACUGUACCAGUUCAAGGACUUUGUGCGAGGAAUAUUGGACUUCAUUGAUGGGAGAGACUGCCCUCCGUGCUCCCUGUUCUUCUGCCUCGGGGAGAAGUGGCCUGACCCAGACAACAGGCCUUGGGAGAAGAAACUCAUCAUGGUGGAGGUGGUCCUGACUUCAAUGGAGGUACUGAAGGACAUGGCUGUAGGAGGUGGCGCCUCCUCCCUGCAGUCUGUGGAGCUGCAGAUGUCUCUCGAGGAGAUGAUGGAGAUGUACUGACACAUUCCUCUGUGCCUUCAAGUCAUUGUUUACCCUUUGUAAUCCUUAACAACAUCUCAGAAAUAAUCAUGUUGACACGUACACCAAAUAGAUCAUGUACUUUCAACUUGCACCAUGUUUAAAUAUGAAUAUGUGCUUUUAAAUUAAUUCAGACAAUGGCGUUUUUUGUGUAAAACAAUGAGGAUCUUCUACCAUGAUUAGUGAUGCAUUGGUGCUAGUGUUUGAGGAUUAAAACCACAUUUCUGUGAAUCUGUGAAUCAUUUCUGCUUUCCAAUGCAAAGAAACUGAGCUAAAUAAAGGAUCCAUCAGCUCAGGAAGUAAACAAACUCUGUUCGCAGGCCUUCCACUCUUCCUUCAUUCUGCCCUUGCAAAUGUGUGUGUGCUGAAACAGAUAAAGACGUACACUUUCAAAAAAACUAAUCAAAAUUGAAAUACUGUGUGUAGCCAUUAACUCAACUGCUGAGUAAAAACUACAAUCAGACUGGAGUUAAAGUUGAUUUAUCAGUGUAGGUGUGAUCAGAACAUCUGGAUUCAGUCUAAAUGUCUUUGAUCUUGCAUCAGAUGAUACAGUUUUAGCACCGUGUUCACCUGAGCACAGUCUGAGACAGUUGUGUAUCGCAGCACACCAGAGAAAUAUGCUGUGCAGAUGUUUAUUUCAUCUUCUACUGAAGGGUCACAGCUGACCAGUUAGAGUGUGGACCAGCCUGUGGUGGGAUUUAAACUGAAUGAACUAUGCAUUUGAACAUAUAAUAUCAACACAAACAAAAUGCUUUAAAGACUUUAUUUAAAUAUUGGGCAAUGUCAUCAUCAUUUCUUAUUUUCUACUAUCCAUCUCAGUCUCCAGUGUGACCUUAUAGCAGCUCUAUAUUAUUAGUUGGAAUCCAAAGAAUAAAAGAAAAGAAAAAAUAAUUUUAAAAAAA